AUGUCUAUGUUAGCGAUUAUCAUUGUUGUAAUUGGGGCACUUUGCAGUCGUCAAGCGGAUGCCUUUUGUGGGGAGUGCAAUGCAAAUAAUGGUGUGGCCUGUGUUAGUGAAAAUAAAUUCAUGUUGUGCAUUGGAGGUGUCCCGGAUACCACGAAUGUUUUUCAAUGUCCUGGUGUCGAUGAUUAUUGCACCAAGUUCGGUCCCAUUUGUAUGAGUAGCGCCUUGUCUCCGGAUGUGAAACCCAUCUGUCAAGAUACCUCGAAUUGUGGCAAAUGCAAUGGUGUUGCAGAUGGUGGUUAUACCUGUACCAGUCUCACGACAUAUACCAUGUGCAUGGAUGAUGAAUUGACAGAAAUUCGUGUGCACUGUCCUGAUGCACAAAUUUGUGAUGUUACAAAAGCAUUCAAUGGUGAAUAUCCCUGUGUUGCAGAAUGUUAUAAGGACGAUACAAAAGUUUGUGAUCUACGGGAUCCAAUCGAUGAUCCCGCAAUUACAACACCAGCGACAACAACAACUACUGAGGACACGACAACAACUACUUUUGCGCCGACACCAACAACUACAACCGAAAGUGAUGAUAGUACCACAACUACAGAUGAAACUACCACAACAGAAACUUCAACUUCAACCGAGCCUUCAACAACAACUGAAGCUUCUACCACAACUACAGAGGCUUCUACCACAACGACAGAAGUCUCUACCACAACUACAGAAGUUCCUACCACAACUGCAGAACCUUCUACCACAACUACUGAACCUUCUACCACAACUACUGAAGCUUCUACCACAACUACCGAACCUACUACAACUGCGGAAUCUACCACAACUACAGACAGUACCACAACUACAGAAACUACCACAACUACUGAACCUACCACAACUACAGAAACGACCACAACUACUGAACCUACCACAACUACAGAAACUACCACAACUACAGAAACUACUACAACUACAGAAACAACCACAACUACUGAACCUACCACAACUACUGAGCCUACCACAACUACAGAAACUACCACAACUCCAGAAACUACCACAACUCCAGAAACUACAACAACUACAGAAUCUACCACAACUAAAGAAACUACUACGACUACUGAACCCACCACAACUACUGAACCCACCACAACCACAACUACCGAAACAACCACAACUACUGAAACAACCACAACUACUGAACCCACCACAACCACAACUACUGAAACAACCACAACUACAGAAGAACCUACCACAACUACAACUCCUACAACCACCGAACCGACAACUACUCAAGACCCUGCUGAUGCAUUUUGCGCACAACAAACUAUUGUUGGACGUUAUCCCUAUCCCAACGACUUGACCUGCACGAUUGAAAAGGACUCAAACAAAAAGCACAAAGUUCAACCUCAAAAACACCCCGAAAACGUUUGGGCAACAUUAACGGAGAAGCUACGAAAUAACACCCAUACAUGGGCCGACAUAACAGCACCAUGUACGGAGACGGCCACCUAUAUCAUAGCCAUUGCUCGACAAUCCCAAAAACCAUGGGAAAUAAAACACUGGAAACUUCUACGCAACGCUCUGCAACGGGGAAAAUCAAGGACUGACAUUUUCUUGCAUCGAUGA